GAGCUUAUUUCAUGAAAAGUGCCAUAGACUGAAAAACCAAACAUGAGGGUAGCAGGUGCUGCAAAGUUGGUGGUAGCUGUGGCAGUAUUUCUACUGACAUUUUAUGUUAUUUCUCAAGUAUUUGAAAUAAAAAUGGAUGCAAGUUUAGGAAAUCUAUUUGCAAGAUCAGCGUUGGACACAGCUGCACGCUCUACAAAGCCACCCAGAUAUAAAUGUGGGAUCUCAAAGGCUUGCCCUGAGAAGCAUUUUGCUUUUAAAAUGGCAAGUGGAGCAGCCAAUGUGGUGGGACCCAAAAUCUGCCUAGAAGACAAUGUCUUAAUGAGUGGUGUUAAGAACAAUGUUGGAAGAGGGAUCAAUGUUGCCUUGGCAAAUGGAAAAACAGGAGAAGUAUUAGACACUAAAUACUUUGACAUGUGGGGAGGAGAUGUGGCACCGUUUAUUGAGUUUCUGAAGGCCAUACAAGACGGAACGAUAGUCUUAAUGGGAACAUAUGAUGAUGGAGCAACCAAACUCAACGAUGAGGCCCGGCGACUCAUUGCCGAAUUGGGAAGUACAUCUAUUACUAAUCUUGGUUUUAGAGACAAUUGGGUCUUCUGUGGUGGAAAAGGAAUUAAGACAAAAAGCCCUUUUGAACAGCACAUCAAGAACAAUAAGGAUACAAACAAAUAUGAAGGGUGGCCGGAAGUUGUAGAAAUGGAAGGAUGCAUCCCUCAGAAACAAGACUGAAGGAAACGGAAGGAAGCGCACUUUCGCUCUUCAUGGGAGAGCUGCAGAGGAGAAACUACAUGUAAAUAUUUUAAGAGCAUGCAGCCAUCUCGGUGUGUGCAUGAGCAUUAUCUCUUUUGAUAUCAGGAUUAUUUAUUGCUAACAUAAAUAGCUAUCUUUGUAAAUAGUCAUCAUAAGGAGCACAUCACCGAGCCAUCUCGAAGCACACUUCCCUGAAAGUACAGUGUUGAGACGGCAGUGGUAACUCUGAAAGCAUACCCCGUGGAUAACUGAACAGAUUGUGAAAAAUGUAUUGAUAUAUAUACUGGUUGCUGUGAAAAUCUAUCAUGGAAUAAUAUGGGUUUUAGGGAGAAGACUUGGGUUUCUUUUAUAUAUACAUAUAUGUAUAUUGCCUUGUGAUGACAGUAUCUUUUAAAUUAAAAAGAGAUUUGGCUAGUUGUAUGUGUGGUAUCGCUCUACACCCCAACCCUUCCGAUGCGCCUCUCUCUUCUUAGUCUUUUUCUUUUCUUCCCAAAAAACCGAGAAAUAAAAUGUUUGCUAUGAAAACUUAUGUCAGGUACAUGAAAAGCACAACAAAAAAAAAAUGGUUUUUUUUUCCACUGUACACGGUAAAUAUAAAUGUAGGUGGCAUUCAGGACCACGCUGGACGUUGUGACAGCAGUGUGAGUACCCCGCUGUAUAAGCUACUUAGAGGGAGGCUGACGUAGCUCCACGGACCUGGGUUCCCAGGCCAAGUCCCCUUCCUCACCUUCCCCAAGGCGUCAGGACAGCUAAGUCAGGACUUCGAGGGCACCGCCAGCAUAUAUUUUCCUUAUUUAAGUGUUCUCAGCAUUGACCAAGAGGUUUGGAAAGAGGUAUGCUUUACUGUCACUGUCAUUUUGAUUUGUAAACCAAGAAAUUGUGUAUUUACUUCAUCUGACUUCACGACAGCAAUUAUUGUCCGAAGCUAUAAUGGCAUAUUUGGAAAAGUCCUAAUUUACUGAGUGGACUGGUACAUGUUUUAAAAUGAUUUAAUUUGACCCAAAGUGACUUCGUACCUGUAUUAAAAUAUAUGAGAUCUUACUUUUUUGGGGUGAAUUUUAGAUGUUCACUAAAUGACUUUUUUUAAUUUAAUUUUUUUCCAGCCAUUAAAUACGUGUUGUAUAUAAAGAAUCUUAAACUAGAACAUAAAUUUAGUGAUCAAACUGCCAUUCACAGUAUAAGGCAGCACUUAAAUUUUGAGCCUAAAUUCUAGAUGGCUGGUAUAAAAAGCCUAAGAGGAGUAUUUGUGAUUUUGCUGUAGACCAAGUUAGAAACAAUUGACAUAUUUCUUAAAGAUAAUGAGCAUUGGGAUAUUGUUUGUGUCCUCAAAUGGAAUGUAAUCCAUGAAUAAAUGCACCUUAUACAUUUAAAUCGUUUUUGUAAACUUUUUGGAUUUUUGGUGCUUAUAUUUUGACAUUUAAAAUACUUCCCUCAAUUAUGUAAAAAAAUGAAUAGCUAUUUUACAAUUCCAGGGAUUGUAAAAUAAAUGUUACUUUUUUAAAAAUAAUAAUAAAUACUGUUGGUUUUGCAUUGUGAAUUUUUGUAUUAUCUGGCAAAGUAAUAUACCUACAGAACUUCACAUUAAUGUUUUUCGAGCAUUUAUUAUUCUAGCUAAUAUGGAAAAAAUGAAAUCAUUGCUGUGGUUAAACAUAGCAAUAUUUUCCGGAUAGAUCUUAACAUGUAUAGAAUUUAAGUAUCUAGAUGGCAGGACAUCCUUUUAUUGCAAACACUGUAAAAGGAUGGCUUUUACAGUUGCGUAAAAUGUUGAAAGACGUGAUAAAGGUUGGUCACGUAACUGCUUUUUCUCAACUCUGCCAUUUGUUUGGUGCCAAUUUAACUUUGGAAGCAAUAAUUGUACCACCUUUUGUUUUCAGGUCUUUUUAAAACCAGCAUUCUAAGUAAAACAGUGCUCAUUUAAUGUUGUUAAGAAUUUCCUUUAUUAAAAUCAGAAAUUUGACAUUGGCAUCUUCCUAUUUAAAUGGUGCUUAAAGACUUACGGAUACUUUUAUUUGUAAUCAGAUGCUUUUCCAGAAUGAGUGUGUUAACAUAUGAAUGUUAAAAUGCAGCAGAAAAGUGAUAUUUGGGAAAUUAAAAAAGAAAAAAAAUUGAA